GGGUAGGAAAAGAACUAACCAAACAUCAUUCACAGCUAUUAUAACAACAUGGCGUCGCAGCAGGGAGAGGUAGAUGAGCUGUUCGAUGUGAAAAAUGCCUUUUAUAUCGGGAGUUAUCAGCAUUGCAUUAACGAGGCUCAGAAAGUAAAGACUUCCGGACCUGAGAAAGAACUGGAGAGGGAUAUUUUCCUGUACAGAGCGUACAUCGCACAGAGGAAGUACGGAGUGGUGCUGGAGGACAUAAAGCCAAGUUCCUCGGAGGAGCUGAAGGCCGUGCGGAUGUUUGCGGAUUACAUGUCCGGCGACGCCAAAAGGGACGCCAUCGUGGCUGAGCUGGAUAAGAAAAUGAGUAAGAGCGUGGACGUGUCCAACACCACCUUCCUGCUGAUGGCCGCGUCCAUCUACCUGCACGAGGGGAACACAGACGCGGCGCUGCGCACGCUGCACCAGGGCGAAAGCCUUGAGUGCAUGGCGAUGAGCGUUCAGAUCCUUCUCAAGCUGGACAGAGUCGAUGUAGCAAGGAAGGAGCUGAAGAAGAUGCAGGAGCAGGACGAAGACGCCACGCUGACUCAGCUGGCCACGGCCUGGGUGAACCUCGCUGUCGGAGGAGAGAAGCUGCAGGACGCCUUCUACAUCUUCCAGGAGAUGUCCGAUAAAUACUCGCCCACUCUGAUCCUGCUGAACGGCCAGGCCGCUUGCCACAUGGCCCAGUGCAAAUGGGACGAGGCCGAGUCGGUCCUGCAGGACGCCCUGGAUAAAGACAGCAGCCAUCCUGAAACGCUCAUCAACCUGAUCGUCUUAACGCAGCAUCUGGGGAAAGCUCCCGAGGUCACAAAUCGCUAUCUGUCUCAGCUAAAAGACGCCCACAAGUCUCAUCCUUUUGUGAAGGACUAUCUCGUCAAGGAGAACGAAUUCGACAGACUCGUGACACAGUACGCUCCCAGCGCCUGAACCCAGCCGACACCCGAGCUUCUGUGCCACACGUCUUGUUUUUCUUUUGAUUUAUUAUUCUGUUAUUCUAUAAGCAUUCCUGUAUACUGAGUUAAUAAAUCCCUUUAUGCCACA